AUGGAUCCCAAUAAUAACCGUCUCCACCUGAACUUCGGGUACAACGAGCGUGGUUUCAAUGCGGCGGCCAACAACCGCGCAUAUCCCACAACUCCUUCCGCGUUCCCUCAGCCGAUCUACCAAAACCAAGGCCCUCAGGAUUACAUGGAUGCUCAAAACGGAGCCUACAACCAGGGAUAUUUCAUGGCAAACCCAUACCCUCCUCAGGCCGCCUACGCUCAGCAGCAUUAUGGGCAGUCAAACUUGCAGUCCCCGCAGCCCGCAUAUCAAUCACGCAUGGGGUACGGCGCCAACGAUGGAACCAACGGCCUCAUCCAGCAGUUCUCCAACCAGGACCUGAACUCGAACCGGACUGGCUUCUUCGGUCGCUCAGGCUCUCCGGCUCAGAGACCUCGUACCGCUGGCUCGUCCGCCCCGGGCCAGCAACAGCCUGGCCAUCUAGCCCCGCCAAUGCCGCGCAGCCCCCGUACUCCCGCCGAGAAUGAAGAACUCCAACGCUACCCAGAGCGAUACUCAGAGAAUGUCCACAAACGUGGUAAGGCCGCUAAGGAGCUGGUGAAUGUUUUCUUCCACGAGAACAUUGAGCGUGCGCGCGAUCGUAACAUGCGUUCUACGAACCUGGACAAGAUGAUCCAAGACCCGAGUAUCUCCAAGGAUGCCAAGCGUCAGGAGGGAGAAACUAUUGCGAAGAAGGAGUCGAACUUCCUCCGAUUCCUUCGGACCAAGGAGACGCCGUCGAACUUCCAGACUAUUAAGGUUAUUGGAAAGGGUGCAUUUGGUGAGGUUAAGCUUGUGCAAAGGAAGACGGACGGCAAAAUCUAUGCGCUUAAGUCUUUAAUCAAGACUGAAAUGUUCAAGAAAGACCAGCUGGCCCACGUUCGCGCCGAGCGUGACAUCUUGGCUGAUUCCAAGGAUAACCCUUGGCUUGUGAAGUUACACGCUUCGUUCCAGGACACCGCAUACCUCUACCUUUUGAUGGAGUUCUUACCUGGUGGUGACCUGAUGACCAUGCUGAUCAAGUACGAAAUCUUCUCCGAGGACAUCACUAGAUUCUACAUGGCAGAGAUUGUGAUGGCUAUCGAAGCAGUUCACAAACUAGGCUUCCUUCAUCGUGAUAUCAAACCUGACAAUAUUCUUCUCGACCGUGGUGGUCAUGUUAAGCUUACCGAUUUCGGUCUCUCGACUGGCGGCAAGAAGACUCAUGACAAUUCAUACUAUCAAAACUUGUUGAAGAAUUCCACCUCCAAGGAUAAGAACCGUAACUCGGGAUACUUUAGUGAUGCGAUUAAUCUCACGGUAUCAAACCGUGGCCAAAUUAACACAUGGAGAAAGUCCCGUCGAGCCAUGGCUUAUUCAACGGUCGGCACGCCUGACUACAUUGCGCCUGAAAUUUUCAACGGUCAAGGAUACACCUAUCUCUGUGAUUGGUGGUCAGUUGGUGCUAUCAUGUUUGAAUGUCUUGUGGGAUGGCCACCUUUCUGUGCUGAGGAUACUACCGAUACCUACAGGAAGAUCGUGAACUGGAGGGAAUGUCUCUAUUUCCCUGAAGAGCUUACUCUUUCUCGCGAAUCCGAGGGCUUAAUCCGAAGCUUCCUUUGUGAUGCAGAGCACCGUGUUGGCAAUGACGGCGGCCAGUUCGGUGGUGCCACGCAGAUCAAGAACCAUCCGUUCUUCCGUGGUGUUGUUUGGGAGCAGCUUCGCAAUAUUCGCGCUCCCUUCGAACCUCGGCUGAGCUCGAAUAUCGACGUGUCCUACUUCCCCAUUGACGAAAUUCCUCAGGAAGAUACCAGUGCUAUCCAUCGUGCUCAGGCCCGUGCCAUGCCCGAGGAACAGGAGGCUGAAAUGAGCCUUCCGUUCAUCGGAUACACAUACAAGGCAUUCAAUGCCUUCCAGAAUAACUGA